UAAGUAACACGCCUGGCAGGCCCGGGGCCCCUCGCGUGUAACGCUGUGUAACGCGCUGCGCCCGCCGCGAGAGUCCCUCUGGAAGCGCGCGUCGCGAAGCGAGUGACUAGUAGUGAGAGUGACCCGCGUGUAGUGCGUGAAGUGAUGUGACGAGUGCAGGCUUAGGCGAUGUGAUUAACGCGCUCGCCGCCCGACAUGGUGCGCAGCGGGUCGCUGGUCUCGGACAAGAUCGCCAUGCUGGAGAGGAAGACGGUGCGGGGUGCCGGCGGCGGCGCGCUGGCAGCCAGGCCGCCCCCCGCCGCCGCCGCCGCCAGGAAGUCCGGCGAGGAGGCGGUCGGCGGCGCCAGUCGGCCGCAGCAGCUACAACAGCAGCCACAGCAGCAGCAGCGCGAGGACGCCGUCGAGGCGGCCCGGGACUCGUCGGACUGCGAGCAGGAUGAAGUGUCCCCCGAUUCGGGGUCGGACUCUGGGUCGUCGGGCUCCGACAGUGGCGGCAGCUCGCUGAUGCGUCACGUGGUCGGCUCGCAGGACGGAGCGGGCAGUCCAGGAGCAGACGACCUGAGCAUGGACUCCGACGAGGAGUCGGCCACUGAGACCUCGUCGUCCUCGGGAGGAUCCUCUGAGCCCGAGUCCUAUGAUGAGCCAGAGCCGCAGCAGCUGCCCCGCGCGCCCGCCGGCCCGCCUGCAGGCCGCCGCCCCGCCGGCCCCGCCGGCCCCACCCCCGCGGCAGCCGCCCCCUAUCACUGGAUGCCGGCCAUGCCCGCGCCCGCGCGCUGCCGCCCCGCGGACCAGCUGCCCAAGCUGACGCGGGACCCCGCCGUGGUGCUGAGAAAGCCGCCGCCCUGCGCGCCCGCCCCCGCGCCCGUCGUCAACAAGCACCACGCGCACGACUCGUGCGGCUCGUGCGGCAGCCUCGGCGGCAGGAGGAAGAAGAAGCAGCCGCACGAGCCGCACGACAGGCGCCGCGUGCACUCGAGCCACGAGAGCCUGCUGCGCCGCUCGUGCGACGAGGACGCCAUGUCGCGCUCCGCCGACGGCGGCCUCUUCGACGGCGCGCACUACGACGCGUACGCCGCCGCCGCCGACAACGGCGUCGCCUCCUUCGACGGCCGCGUCGUCCACGGCAGCCUCGACCGGCGGCGGCAGCGCGCCCGCCACCGGCAGCACCGCGACGCCAAGAGCAGGUCGGCGCUGGUGGAGGCGGCCGACGCCUGGUGCUGCUCGCCCGCCCCCGCCGCCGCCCCGCGCCGCCACCACUGCGGCCACCACUGCUGCCCCGCGCCGCCCCCGCCGCCGCCCUGCUCGGCGUGCACCUGUUACAGCCCGCAGCGCCACGCCAAGGGCGGGGAUGCGAGCACGGAGGAGCGCAUCCGGCGCCUGCAGGCGGAGAACGAGCGCCUGCAGCUGCAGACGGCCGUGCUGUCGGAGCGCAUCGACGUGCAGGUGGACAAGAUGGCCGAGCUGGAGGCGGCGCUGGGGGACCGCAAGCGCAACCUGCAGCAGGCCGAGGACCAGCUGCAACGGGAAAUGCUGUCCAGAUCCUCUUUGGAGACGCAGAAACUUGAGCUGCUGUCAUCUGUCACUGAAUUGAAACGCCAGCUGGUUGCUCUGUCAAGAGAAAAUUCUGAGCUGAGGACCCUUCAGCAACACCGGCCUCCAGUCGCUCCACGCACAUUUUACCCAAGUCAAAGCCAAUUGCUGCGUGACGCCUCGCCCGGUCCCGGCAGCCCUCUGCACCGCAACACAGCCUCCCCGGGCCUAGAGCACGCCGAAAGUUGCAGAGAGAUUAGAGAACUCACCCGGGACAUCCCACCGCCCAGAACUCCGCCGGCUAACUACCGCCAGCGUGUGCAGGUGCAGCAGUACCAUAGCCUGCCACGCCAGGCUGAUCCGCUGGCAGAUGUCGGCUCUCCUCAGGCCGGGGAGAGUGCAGCGCAGACCACAGUUGCUACGAACGGGUCAAACGGGACGAGCAACGGCAUCAGGAAGGGCGUCGCCUUUGGUAAAGGAUUUCUCAACUUUUCGCCUAGACGGUCUGUCGGGGAUAGGUGUUCUUCUACGCCUAAUCUAGCUGACACAGAACGCGUGUCCCAAGAUGAAAAUGACAGAAGCUUGGCAUUGAGUCUGUCUCCACAACCAAGUCCUUCUAUGUCAUCUUCAAAAUCCAAAGGAAUAAAAAAAAUUCUUGGACGAAUGAAAAGGAGUGGCUCUGGUAAUUUAGAUGACAUCCAUAAUGAAGGAGAAUUUCGUAGAGGUGGUGUAAGAGCAACCGCAGGUGGACGUCUUGGUUGGUCCUCGUCUUCCAAUGCACUGAGUUCAAGAGCCCAAGUUCCAUUUGCUCAGUGGGAUAGAGAAGCCAUCAGUGAAUGGCUGUGUGCUUUGGGGCUUGAACAUUGUGCUCAAGAAGGGCAGGGCUGGAUUGUGAGCGGGGCUCAACUCCUAUCAUCAUCCCCUCACGAUUUAGAAAAAGAGUUAGGUCUUAAGAACCCUUUGCACAAAAAGAAACUACGCCUAGCUCUUCAAGAACGCACAGACACUGGUCUAGCAUCUGAUCCUCAACUAGGACUUGCUGGACAUCUCGAUACAUGUUGGGUUCUCCGCUGGUUGGAUGACACAGGGCUUCCACAAGUGAAAGAUCAAUUCAGUGCUGCUCGGAUUGAUGGAAGAAUGCUGCACCGUUUCACCAUGGAUGACUUGGCAGCACUUCAUGUGACAUCCCUGUUGCAUGUGGCCAGCAUACGCACUGGUAUCCAGGUACUGAGGGAUCAUCGAUUUGACCCCAACUGCCUUGUAAGAAGAUCUGGCCCUACUGAGGAUAUUGAAAAUGGAAUCGAGGAGAAAAACGGAAAGGAUCAGAUUCCUGGAGGCCCAAACAAUGAAGUUGUCUUGUGGACCAAUCAUCGAGUCAUGGAAUGGCUCCGUGUUGUAGACCUUGCAGAAUAUGCACCAAACCUUCGUGGCUCAGGUGUUCAUGGAGGACUAAUGGUCCACGAACCACGAUUCACUGCUGAACUUCUUGCUAGUCUGCUGUCCAUUCCUCCCAGCAAAACCCUUCUGAGACGACAUCUCAGUACCCAUUUUAAAGAACUAUUGGGAAAAGAAGCGAUACAGGCUAAGAGACAGGCCGAAGCUGCUUUAGGUCACACCCCUCUUACACCAACUGCCAAGAUCAAGGUUCCAAAGAAAAGCCAAUUUUCAUUGAAACGUCAAAAAACUAAAGCUGAGGUGGAAUUUGGUGACUUGGUCUGCCCUCUAGAGAAUUGCCCAGUCACUAUAGUGGAUAUCAGCUCAGGUGACAGAGGAGUGGGUGAUGGCACGAAAGUAGCAGUCCAUCCAAAACACUCGGUUGCUUGUCUGGAAAGUGAAGCGCACUCCAAUACACAGGACUCACAUAGUGGAAGAACAAGCACAGUCUAAAAACGACAGUUGAAAUGGACCAAGGACCAAUGCCUGAUGCCAUCAAGCAAGAUGACACAUUUGCUGUAGACUCAAGGACUAGAUCAUCAUCACAUAUCCUGGAGGAUUUUUCCCUGAAGAAUCUUUCAUAUUUCCAUGGGUAAAUUAUGUGGGCUUAGCUUACCGUGUACAAAUAUUUUGGAAUAAGCUGGAAUCAUUACCCUAUAUUAUUUUAUGUUGUGACUUGCUUGUGCAUCUGAUAAGCAGAACACUUUCUGCCUCUGUCCUGCCUCUGCAUGAACAUCUUUGCCUGUAUUUGUGAAGUUGAUAAGCAAUUUGGGAUUGUUUAGACAAACCGAAGAAAAUCAUGAUUCGGCUUACCAUUAUAAUUCAUAAUAUUUUGAUUUUUUUUGUUUAAAUGCACUUGUUACCAUGACCACCUGUACCUAAGUUAUGACAUUAACUGAAAUUGACUCGAUGAUUCGUAAGUAACUUGGUAUAUUUAUCUCCAUAUUUUCUUAAGAUGAACCAUGAUGUUUUAAUGGUCUCAAAUUUAUUUGAAACCAGAUGUGCCCAUUUCCUCCCUUUGUCCAAACAAAGCCAAAACAGUGACUGCUAAAUACUAAUGGACUGUAGUCCUUUGGAUACGAGUAGUAGUACCCAUACCCAUGUUUCCAUAUCAUUUGUUAAAAGGAAAAUUUUCAAUUGCCAUAUGCAUUUAUCGCAAUUUACUCUACUUUCCUGUGAAUUGUGUCUGAUAAUUUCUAAUUUUAUUUUCUAGUCACACCCAAUUUUUUAUUUCUUUAAAUAUCAGUCGGUUACAGAUCCUUAUUCUUGUAGAUUUUCAUAAGCUAAUCUAUUUUUAUAUAUUUCGUAUCCCUCUUAAUACAACAAUGAAACAUUAACAGAUGUUUCUCCUAGGGAUACUGUUAUUUACUCAACUUUCUGAAGUGCAUAUCUUAAUAUUACUGUACCUCUUUUAUUUAGGAAAUAUAUUCCUAUCUAGCGCAAUGUGUUAUAUGCGCUACAUAUUAGUUUUAUUUACCUUUAAUCACAAACUGUUACUACGAUAAUGUCAAAAUCAUUUUAUGCCUGAAUUGUUCUAGUAUUGCCCUGGCUGGUGGUAGUAAAUAUUUAUAUGAUUCAUUAUUCAAAUGUACCCAUAUUUAGUUGUUGCUUAACUUGAUGUAGUGUCAAACUAGGGUAGGGUGACAACAAGUGAGGAAGAGAAAUUCACUUCAUAGUGAUUUUGUUUGAUUUUGCCUAUUUCUUGGCCAUAUAACGUUACACACAAGUGAAUUAGUUUAAAACCUGCCAAAUGUAGUUUAUUUGGUACAGCUCUUGAGCAAUAUAUCAGAUUUCUUUGUGUUGUAUAAAGUGUACUAUAUUUACCUUGUCCCACUGGUGCCUUAAUUAAAUGCUGUUGUAGUCUAUACAAUCAUUUAGUCACAGUGUUAGGGGAGUAAUGAAAUUUUCUCAUGACUGAUGGUUGUUGACAUGUGGACAUGUAGCUAUGUUUGGUUUAUUGCUGUGUAAGUAAGGUAGCUAAACUUGAAGCAUCAAAUGUUCCUGUGAUUUAUUGCUCUUCCAUGCCUGUCUUACUUUUAUUUAAGUAUCUCAAGGAAAAACCAUUUCUGGUGCUCUUUGAUUUAAAAAGUUAAAUAUUUUAAAUGUAUGAACAAAAACAAGUCUUCUAUCCAACUGUAGUAUGUUGCAUACAUACGCAUGCAAGGACCAAGUAAUUAUAUUUGUAACUGUUGCCAAAUGGUACAUAACGCACUUACCUUACCAUUUACUAGUACGUUGGUAUUUCACAAUCUUUUUCUCUGUGUGCCAAUGUGACAAUAAUAUCUUCCUCUUGCAUAAAAAUUACAAUUUAAAAAGUGUUUUUGUGAAUUGGUUUGUUGCCAAAAUUUGUCGCAUGAUAGCAUAGAUGUUAAGUACUGGAGUAACGCACACCAUUUGUGUUCUCACCUAACAUGUUGUACCAUACAGUAAAAUUGUUGUUUUUUUUGUUUCUUUUUUCGAACUGUAAACACUAGGAAGAUCAAGAUUUCUGCCAAAGUUUCAGUAUUCAUUUCUCUUACAAAUCACUGUCUGAAUGUUUGCUAUUGUUCUUUGUACAGAGUAAUGUGAAGUUAAUAAAAUUAAUCAGUGUUAAA